GUCUCUGUGAUGGACAGGAGUGAGACGACGUCACGGAGACCAGGCUCGAGGGGGACGUGGGGAGCCUGGUCAAGGAGGCACUUCAAAGAAUCACCGCGGGGCAGGCAGGGGGGUCGCACGGGUCUCGCGCCGGUCGCGCCCACACGCACGACGCGAGGCGACACGAGGCGAGGCUCGCGCCGGCGCUCGAACGGGCAGAGGGCGCGAGAGCAGCCGAGGGCUUCGAACUGCGCGCAUCAUCAUCAUCAUCAUCAUCAUCAUGUCUCUGUACAGGAGCAGCAUCUGGUUUCUCAAGGGACUCAGCGAGUACACGAGGAGUUCCUUCGAGUCUGCAGCCAAGCGUUUUGUGGAGAAGGACCUGGAUGUGUCUGUUGCGGGACGGUCCUUCAUGAUCACUGGUGCCAGCAGUGGGAUCGGAAAGGCUGUGGCUACCGCCAUUGCUAAAAGAGGUGGCACAAUCCACAUGGUGUGCAGGAACAAGGACAAAGCUGAAGAGGCCAGGGCGGAAAUUGUUAAAGAAACAGGAAAUAAAGAAAUUUACAUCCAUAUCCUGGAUUUCACCGAGACUCGUAAGGUGUGGGAAUUUGCAGAAGCUUUCAAGAAAAAAUUCAGAUCCUUGAACGUUCUGAUCAACAAUGCAGGCAGCAUGCUUACGCAGCGGGAGGUGAACACCGAAGGCCUGGAGAAGAACUUUGCCUGUAACACCCUGGCACCAUACAUUCUCACCAAGAGUCUGGUUCCUCUGCUGGAGAAAAGUGGCGAUCCCCGGGUGAUCAUGGUGUCCUCCGGAAUAAUGCUAGUCAAGAAGCUCCGUAUCGGUGACCUGCAGUCUCAGAGAGGGCGCUUUGAUGGCACCAUGGUCUACGCACAGCAUAAGAGGCAGUUGGUGGUGAUGACUGAGCAGCUGGCCAAGGCCCAUGCCAACAUCCACUUCUCCGUCAUGCACCCGGGCUGGGUUGACACCCCAGCAGCUGCCGAAGCCAUGCCAGACUUCUACCAGUCCAUGAAGAACAAGCUGCGCACUCCAGAGCAGGGUGCCGACACCGUGGUGUGGCUCGCCGUGUCCGAGGCCUCCGCGGCCAAGCCGAGCGGCCGUUUCUUCCAGGACCGCAAGAUGAUUCCCACCCACCUGCCCCUGGCCUGGACCCACAGCUCCCUGGAGCAGAAGGAGAGGUUCAUGACUUUGCUGGAGGAGCUGGCCAAGGCCUCCCAGCCCCACUGAGAUAAUGGGCUCCCCAUCUCUACCUGUCCAGCUGAACUUACCUCUGCGUCAAAACCGGGGUCCCCUAGGACGGCCCCCCGCAUCGACCGAAAGUCGAUUUCCUAACAGAUUUGCUAUAACCUUUUCUCCUAGCCUCACACAUGGCCUGUUUGGAAUGGUGUGUCUGAAGUCUAACCCUGAAAAUUCAGUCGGUGUCCUUGUAGCGCAGCACUAAAAGUAGAAGAGCAGUGGAGGGAAGUACUUGUAUAGUGGAUGUCUGGCACAAAAGUGUGGUUUUACUGUAGUCGGUGGUACGGAGCAGGGGAUCUCGGCUGUGGUGCAGAGAAUGGCUUAUGACUGUCUGAACUUGGGAAAACUGGGAGGUGCGAGGUAUGAGCUCACGUGUUUGGAACGACCUUCUUCCCGUCAGGGGCGUAGCGGCAGGAACGUCUAAUUUACAGAGAUCGGAACAGCUCCAGCCCAGAGGACAGCACAUCUGCAGCUCGUCUCACGGGGGUCGGACACAUUAAAACUUGGCACAAAGAAUCACUACCCAGUUUUACCGCAUUCAUUUGGCCGCUUACAGCGAUAGCGGAUCGCUGCGUCGUCGAGCAGGCGAAAGGGUUUUGUGUCGCUCGGGACUGGAACACCAUCGAGAAACACAACUGGCGUUCCAGCUGCUUUGCUUCCAGGAUGAGCUUGUGAAAGAGGCUUGAGAAUGUAUAGCUGGCAAGUGUCCUUGGAACGGCUGCGGUUCCAGUGCUUGUUAAUAAAUAAACAGGCAAUACUCAGUGUGUGUGUGCGUGUAUAAACUGAACUGCUGUAAUGAUGAAAAGUGUGUUAACAUGAGCCUGUAACUGCAUUUUUGUUUGUUUUCUUGUCUGGGAGAAGUUUUAAGUGUGGCACCGGAGGUCAGUGUACCCUCAGACUGCCGUGGACACAUAUCCAAGAUGUCCAGUUGAAAUAAACUGCACUUAUUGAC